AUGGAUACGAAAGACAUACUUCUCACUUUGGAAUCAAUAAAAAAAGCCUGUAGCGCUUUAUGCCGCCAAGAGCAAAGAAGAACUCUGUUAUCGAAGGACACUAGACUUUUUUUGGAAUCGGUUUUUGAGAAAAAGAGAUGCCCCAAUUCAAGAGAACGUAAGGCAAUUGCAGACAAAUGCGGCUUAACACCCGCUAAGUUUCUCUUCUCUUUACCGCGCAGACUCUAA